UGAGAGGAGCCUGUUUAAUAUGUAUUUACAUUUAAGGUGCGUGUCCUUCAAUUUCUUUGCAGUCCGGUUAGCAUUUUACUACCAAGUUGUUUAUUCAUUCACUUUAUUUAUUUGUUUAUUUCACUGAGGCGCUGUUGGGUGUGAACAACAGUACAUGGGUAAUGUAGUGCAGUGUAGAACGUUUCCGUUGUUAUUGUGCGGGAAGCGUACUACAUUACCCAUGGUGCACUGUGAAGCGGGUGUGACGACACGCAAACGUCCGAGAAAGUCUCAGAACCAAAACACGGGGUAUGAAGUGUUUCGGUCGGGUUUUCGGCGUCCGUUAGAGUGGAAACGUCGCGGACGGGUGAGGAUGUGACAGAAAGUGUUCUUAUUGUGCUGAAAUAGGCGGGCUUGUGUUAAAAAGGGGCCUAAAGUAAUAAUAAUAUCAGUAAUAAUAGCACAGCGUGGUUUCCACUUGAGUCAUUGAGGUUUUAGGGAGUGAACCGAGCUGAGACGGCGGACUGAAGCGCCCUGAACUGCUGCUUUUAGGCUGUGUUUCACGGCUCUGUGCUCACAGUCAGCUCGGUGUUUGGCUUGUUUCUUCAUGGUAUGCUGUUCACAAGACGCCUCUUAAGGAAAGCGGCGCUCAGACUGGCUUUGGGGGAGCAGAGCAGCUGACCAAUGACGGACUGACCACCUCAGGAGCUCCUCAAGGUUCUGCCCAAGACUGACUCCUCUUUCUUUCUUCCACAAUGCUGAGGUCAUGUUUGCUCAGAGCUGUGCAGCCAUGCAUGCUGGGUCUGAGAGGGGCGUAUGGGCGCACCAGUCCCAGGCACCCCGCCCUGCUGUCCCACCUGCAGAGAUGCUCCCUUGGAACCCACAAGCACAAAGAGAAACUAGAGCUGCUGAACUCUCCCAAAGGAGCCAAGGACUUUAUCUAUAGUCUUCACCCCACGGAGCGGAGUUGCUUACUCAAAGAGCUUCAGAGCUUUGAGUCCAUGGCCAUCGCUCAAGAGAGCGCCCCCUUUAGGCGAGGGCUCAGCAGGGACAAGGUUCAGGCGGAGGUGACUGAGGAGAAACUGGAGGCAUUGCCGCCGAACGCCAGCCAGCUGAGAUACGUGCUCCUUCACAACGCCAUCCCCUUCGUUGGCUUUGGGUUUCUGGACAACGCCAUCAUGAUCGCUGCAGGAACGCAGAUUGAGCUGUCCAUUGGAGUGACAUUCGGAAUAUCAACCAUGGCAGCGGCUGCUUUGGGGAACCUGGUGUCUGACCUGGCUGGACUUGGACUAGCAGGUUAUGUGGAAGCUCUUGCUGCCAGGCUCGGGAUGCAGAUUCCUGAUCUUACGCCCAAACAGGCCGACAUGUGGCAGACCAGACUCAGCUCACACAUGGGAAAGGCCAUCGGCGUCACCAUCGGUUGCCUUCUGGGGAUGUUUCCUCUCUUCUUUCUCAGUGAUGAAGAUGAAGAGGAGACAGUGGACACUCCACGUACUACACAAACGGACUCUAAGUAAAUUUUCAUAUAGUGUGCAGUAGACACAGCUUGAUUAACACUAUUCUGAACAUUUUCUCAAAAUUUCACUAACUUAUUGGGAGAAGUUCCACCAGGAAAGUUUCUUUUCUCUAUGAAAUUGAUUGCACUCAAGUUGUAGCUCCAAAAUGUGGUAGCCUAUUGGUUUUUAGAGUAUUUUAGUAUUUUAAGGUAUGGAUUUGUACCCAAAAGAGAUCUAGGUGUCUAUGGAGGGAGGGAUCAGUGCUGGUUAGCUAGUUACCUAGCUGUUAGUUAAACAAUCCCCAGACAGAUGUUUUAAGCCAGGACUUGCCAGCAAGUGCAAAAAUGGCACAGAACACGAAUAUUUAUGACUCACUUGCAGAAUUGCAACUUUUAGCAGUUCUAUUCAUCUAUAUUCUUUAGAAAUGAAUGAAAUUUUCAAAAAGGAGUUUUCUCAGAGAAUCAGGGUAUCGAGAUAAAGUACGAUUAUGAUUUAAUACGAACAAAAACUGCAAUUACAGCACAGAGGCUUGUUUUAUGUGUCUCUUAUCAACAUAAUUAGCCCAGAUUUUUUUUUCUUUUAUGUCUUUAUUUAACCCCUUAACAUGUAGAUCAUUGUUAGUCACAUUGUUAUUGCUGAUUAUUGUUAUUCAGUUAUUAACCUUAUGGAUUAUUAUUCAGUAACUACUAUAAAUUCUUCAGUAACUACUAUGCAACUAGUAUUUAUGUCGUUAUGAGAGGAGAGUGAGGAGCUAAGGUCACAUAAAGGUUUAAGGAAUCAACCUUUAAAUGAAAAACUACUAGUUUUAUAGCUUUGACAUGUUUACAGAUCCAACAAACAAACAAGCUGGGAUCCUUGCGGUAGGAGAGGUGAGACAGCAACUGGAAGAUGUAGGAUCAAAUCCCAGGACUGACUGGGUAUUUUUGGUUGGGCAGGGCACUAAACCCCCCCCCCACUUGCCCCAGGUGGUGCUGCCCUGCUGGCGACGCUGUGCUGCUCCCAGUCAACACAUAGUUAGGGAGCACAAUCACAGAUCCCCCCUGUAGGAUCAGCAGUAACUAUAACAAGCAAAAACAUAUGCAAGUCAUACAUAGAGCUUCCAUAGCAAUAUCAGACUGGAUAAUAUGCAGAUGUAAGCUGUGUGGGAUCAGUACUCUAAAGUAAAGUAAAGGUCUGUAUUUGUUGGGUAGAGCAGUAGAAGGACAGGCUGAUGUGAGUCUGCAGGUCGAGUUUUAGUUGGAGGUGAAGUAUAGUUGAGUCGGGUGGUUUCAUUUGUCCACAGAUGCAGCUGUAGUGUUUGUGAUUGCAGUCUGUGCUGCAGCGUUUUCUGAAAUACUGGACUGGAAUACAAGGUGCUGAUAAACAAACUGAAAAAAGUGCUUGAAUUCAAAUGUGUACAUGAUUAAAACAUCAACACAAGUUCUGCCAAAACUAAGUAAACUAAAACACAAAAUUGUGCUAAACGUAAUACAUUUUAUUGGAGUAGAAAUUGUGUACAGAUUUUUAUGAAGUAAAUUCAAUUAAGUACUGUUUUUUCAGUGUUGUGUGUGAUUUUAUAAACACUAUGGUUUUAUAUAAACAUGUAAUAUGUCCAAAAGUUUGUAGACACCUGCUUAUCUAGCGUUUCUUCUGAAAUCAAGGCUGUUAACAGGGUCUUUGUUCCUACUUUGCUGCAGUAACAGCCUCUACUCUUCUGGGAAGGCUUUACACUAGAUGUUGGAACAUUGCUGUGAGGAUUUGAUUGAGCUUUAGUGAGGUCAGGUACUGAUGUUGGAUGGUCAGUUCUGGAUCUCCAACUCAUCCCAAAGGUAUUGGAUGGAGCUCCAUCACUCCAGAGAACAGCUCCACUGCUCUAUAGCCCUGUGCUGGGCAGUCUUUAUACCCCUCUAGCUGAUGCAUAGCAUUGGGCAUAGUGACCUUAGAAUCAUGUGCAGCUGCUCCAGAGCUUCCAUUUUAUUGGUCAGUGCUUAUGGAGAUCAUACAAGCUGUCUGUGCCAUUGAACAUCGGUGUCAGCAGUGGAUUCACCUUGCAGUCGCUGAAUUCAUGCUUUAGAAGGGCUGUCUAGAUACUUUUGGACAUAUAAAAUAGAGUUUCCAGGGUACAGAUUAGGCAUAGCCACAUAAGUCUAUUUAAACUGCCUCUGUCAGUCCGGAUUUGAGUCUGGAAAACUGUUAGCUUUGAAUGAUGUCAUCUCAUGGCCUUUUCUGCAUGUACAUAUUUGACACCAGUAGGAAUUUGCAUAUCCAAAUUGCCAUAUCCACAUAGUGAUGCGUUCGGGGAAAGUGGUGCAUUUCCCAGCACAGAUUGGUCCUAAUCUUUGAAUAAAUUGCACUGCCAGUGGCAGUACCCUGUUUGGGCUUCUAUUUUAGAAAAGGAUUAGGCUUUAUCUGUGUGGAAAAGCAGCCCAGACCCAAAUGCAAAUGCAUUAGAACAGCUCGUUAUGUUGUACGAUAUUAUCUUAAAUGAUUUCAUUUGAAGGAAAUGUAUGCUUUGUUUUGUGUCUGAUAUUUUAUGGUUUUGAAGGAUUUUUCUUGCCAUUCGUCUGGUUUUCGGAGUUGUUCUCGAUCAUGACACUGAAGUUGUUUGUGUUAUUGAUUGUCAGUCAGGUACUGCUGUAUCUGAUUGUAUUCGAUGGAUACCGUCUGUAUUUCAUAGUCAAACAUCAGUAUGUUCAAGUUCUUUAGUCCAUGAGCAAAGAGGACCACACAGUGUUGUGUGGCUAUUAAUAAUCAAGUACAUUGGGAUUUUUAUUAUUUUUCAAUUACCAGUUUGUGGUUUAAUAAAUUAACUGAUUGCAAAAA